AUGGGUCCGAAGAUCGUAGACCUCGAGUCCACAGACACUCCUGACGUGUGUAAUGGUUUGCACGGGCAGGAGCUCGACAAAAUACGCACAGAGAGAAAUGACGGCGUGUGGAGAGAUCCCAACAACAAGGAACUGUUUCAGAAUGCAGAGGACAGGACAGCGCCAUGCCAAAGUACUCGGACUGGGCAGUGCAGCGUCGCCGCCCCGGAGUGCCAUGUAAUUGAUGACAUUAAUCGGAUCAGAUACAAUAUGUGCGCGAGUUGUGCGGGGCGCCUGACGCUCUACAGCUGUAAUGCAGACGCAGCCGAGGACGAGAAGAGAGGGUAUGGACGCAGAAAUGAGGUGGCCGUCGGUCCCAAAGAAGGAGAAGAAGAGGAAGAGGACGAGGCGCCUGACGGGGGCUGGGGGUGGGUCGUCACUUUCGGAUGCUUCAUCAUCGCUUUCCUGGUGGACCUCCUCGGACCCUGCUUCGGCAUCAUCUUCUCCAAGCUUCUGCUGAAUCUCAGGACGUCCUCCACCAGCGUGGCUUGGCUCUUCAACCUCAGGGCCUUCAUCUUCAACAUGUCCACGCUGCUUCUGGGUCCCCUCAUGGCCGAGCUCGGGUUGCGGGUCGUGGCGUUCCUCGCGGGCGUCAUGUGCGCCCUCGGCCUCGGGAUCUCGGCCUUUGCCACCUCCACGCUCCUCCUCCUGACGUACUCGAUCCUGACAGGCAUCGGAGGCGGGUUGCUGAUGGGCAUCAUCUUCUCCAUCAUACCUCACUACUUCAAAAAGCGACGCGGCGUUGCCAACGCCUUCAUGAUGGUUGGGCUGAGCUCCGGCCAGAUGGCGGGCCCCCUCCUCAUCAAUUACCUCCAAGUGGAAUACGGCUAUUUGGGAGGCACGCUCGUGCUGUCCGCCAUUGUGCUCAACUGCUGCGUGGGGGCGGCCGUGUUCCAGCCCGUGGAGUGGCACGUGAAAAAGGGCAAUAGGAAACUUAGCAACAAUAACAAUACCAAAGCCUUGCGAAGACCGAAGGCGGACGAGGUGGAAGCCCCGAGAUUCUCGGCGCUCGCGCGCGUCUUCAACACGACUCUGAACAACCUGAAACUCCUGAAAUCGUCUCGGAUUCUCAUCAUCGCUCUCAGUUCAGCGCUCAACAUGAUCAGCUACCUGAACUUCCUCAUGAUGGUCCCCUUCGUGUUGCAGACUAUCGGAUACUCCAUGCAGGAGACAACCUGGUGCGUCUCUGUGUCCGGGCUGUGCAACAUGGUGUCCCGGCUGGUGGUCUCGGCGCUCACGGACUGCCCCAGAUUCAGCAUGCGAGGAUGCUACAUGGCGGGCACCACCGUGGUCCUGGCGGCCAUGAUAGCCUUUAGCCAGCUUAGUGACCUGAAGUGGCUCACGGUCGUCAUGGGCGCGUGGGGCUGCGGCGUGGGCGCCUUCAUGAGCAUCUACAGCCUGAUCAUGGUGGAGUACGUAGGCCUGGAUCGGCUGGUGCCCACGCUGGGGGUCAGCGGCCUCUUCAACAGCUUCGGGUUUUUGGUCUCCGGGACGCUCACGGGCUACAUGCGAGACUUGAGCGGCAGUUACGCCGUCAGCAUCUGGAUCCUGGCGAGCAGCUCGGGGCUCUCGGUCGCCCUCUGGACGCUGAUGCCCCUCGCCGUCAAUUUCAUUGGCCGCCCUAAAUUGGAUACGCAGAUAUAUCUAAAACCUUUAGCAGACCAAUGA